UGCUGCGGUUUAACCUCAGACGGGUACAUGGACUGGUCCAAGAACGAGUACUUCAACUGCUCCUCGCCGUCGGUGGAGCGCUGCGGCGUGCCCUUCUCCUGCUGCAUCAACGCUACUGACAUAUCCUCGGGGCUGGUCAACAUCAUGUGCGGGUAUGGCGUGCAGAACUACCCUGUGGCCGAAGCCAGCAAACGCAUAUGGACGAGCGGCUGCAUCGAGAUAGUCCGAUCGUGGUCGGAACGCAACCUUUACACAAUCGCGUCGGUAGCACUCGGCGUGGCGCUCUCGCAGCUAUUCGUCAUCUACCUCGCCAAGACACUCGAGGGGCAGAUAGAGCUGCAGAAAGCCAGAUGGCAGACAUGAAACAGGGGGUGCGCGGGCGCGUACCGCGACGACUGCCGGCGCGCGCUGCUCUAGCACGCGCCCGCGCGAGACCUCGCCGAACACAUGUGAAGCGGCAGUGAUACGGACCGCUGUUAGUGAUACGUUGUAGUGAUACGGACCGCUGCAGUGAUACGGACCGCUUUAGUGAUACGUUGUAGUGAUACAGACCGCUGCAGUGAUACGUUGUAGUGAUACAGACCGCUGCAGUGAUACGUUGUAGUGAUACGGACCGUUGCAGUCAUACAGAUUGAGUUAGUGAUACGGGUCGAUGCAGUGAUACAGACUGCUGUAGUGAUAUGGAUCGCUGUAGUGAUACGGACCGCUGCAGUGAUACGGACCGCUGCAGUGAUACGGAUUGCUGUAGUGCUACGGACCGCUUUAGUGAUACGGACCGCUGCAGUGAAUACGGACCGCUGCAGUGAUAAGGACUGCUGCAGUGACACGAAUUGCUGUAGUGCUACAGACCGCUGCAGUGAUACGGACCGCUGUAGUUAUACGGACCGCUGCAGUGAUACGGACCGCUAUAGUGAUACGGACUGCUGCAGUGACACGGACUACUUUAGUGAUACGUGUAAACUAAGUGUAAUAUUGGCGAGGGACCUGCAAAACAAGUGUGACGAAUUUUGACGAAUUGUCCUUGUUAGUGCAACUUAGUGCAAGAUUGUGAAGUAUACGACAUCACAAAUGCCACUGUACACAUUGCAUGCAUGUGUUUUUAAAUAUGUGCAAGUCCAAGACUGUGUAGCGAAGUGCACAUUAAGUAUAUUUGUAAAUUGCAGUGAUUUACAAAUCACUAAGGCCCAGAACACACGGUGAAACGCAACUGCAACGAAACUGCAACUUCUAGUUACUUUUGAGUUGCAUCUAAGUUUCUGCCAUAGCGUCCGUUGAGAGACCACACAUGACGCGACCAGUUUAAAACUUUCAGUUUCAGUUUCAUUCAUUAGAAUCAUCAGAAAGUUGCAGUUGCGUUUCACCGUCUGUUCUGGGCCUAAGCAUUACAUGUCUCCCAAUGUGUUAGAAGAACUGUACAAUGAAGUAUGAUUAAUAGCUCAUGCUGCAGCUAUUAAGAAGUUAUAUUGUAAUAUGGACAUAAUCUUGUUUGCCAUAAUAUGAAGAUAGUAACUUUAUAUCUAACGUAAGUUUGUGAUCAUCUCUCAAUAAAAAGACAGUAACAAAGUAUGAAGUUAGAUACCCAUAAAUGAUCCAAUCUAUAUUGGAUCAUUGCUCAGUAUGAAUUACUAGUAAUUGAGGCAUCUUUUUAAUGAAGGCAGUUAUUUGAAUUUAGGAUCUAAGACACAACCAGUAAUUCUGAAGUAACUUAUACUAAAUUAUCAUUUUAACAAUCAAUUCAAUGUAUUAAAAUGUAUAUUAAAUGUUUGUAAUAUCGAUGUUUGUACUUCUGUUGUUAUCUUAUUCUAAUAAGAUAGAUUUUUCAAACAAUAUUUGAUAUUUUUCCAAUAGUAAAAUCUGAGUUAAUAUUGCAUUUAUAGUUAGAAUCUCUAUAUUUACUGAAUAAUUCAAAUUGAAACAUAACAUUGAUGCAAAAGGGUAACUUUUUAAAUAACUUUAGAACAUCUAACAUCAUUCCACAUCUCAUACUUAAAUACAUAAUAAGAUAUACAUUUGUAUGUAGUAUUAAACAUCUCUCAAUAUGUAUACAUUUUGUUAGAAGCCAAUGUUAUAUCAACACAGUAUUUUUAAUGUAUGCAGGUGAUUAUGUAUUCAUAUAAAUAACUUAAAUGCACAACUCUUUACUUAAAUUGUCGCAGUAUAUUAUUAUGAUUGAGUAUAAUAAUUUAUUAUGUAAGACAAAUAUUGUAUAAAAGCUAUAUUUAUGCUCAUGUAAUCGUGUAAUUUUGGAUGGUAAACUGUACAUAUUUAUGAUAGAAUAUGUGGGCUUAUGUAGUCAAUAUCAACUGCAAUCACAUUUUGGAGAGAUACAAAGACAUUUAUAGAUCCAGGCAGCAUUUUAUGUUUGAAGCUUUAGUCGAUGGUGGCAAGCAGCUUAUGCCAUACUCUAUGGUUUUUUGGUUAGAAGUAAUCUAUGGUCAGAUGACAGUUGGUAUUUACUGUUUGAGCUCACAUAAUAGUUUAAAUAAUCCAUUAAAUAUAAUGUUCAAAUUGAUAAUACGAAUGUUAGUGGUAUAAAAUAAUAGUAUUUUUGAGAAAUUUAAUUAAUAGGCCACUAUAUUUAACUGAUUUAAAUCAUGUAGGAAAUUUACGUGUAAAAAAUAAUUUAAAAUUGUUAACUCGACUAAAUUUUAAGUUUUAUUAUUAGAAUGUGAAGUCAAUUUGUGAUAAAAAUUCUUUGCUUUAAAACUAUUGGUCCAAAUUAAUAUUUGCUCACUUUUACCUUAAACCAUUGUGUUGACUAAAAAUUAAAAUAAUUUAAUUUAUUUGGAAUCUUUUUGACUAUUAUUAUUUGAUAUGCUUUAAAAAAAUGCUUAUAAUCUUUCAAGUAGGUAUUGCAUAAAAGUAACAACUUUAAUUCCCAAGCGCCAUAAUAUUGUUUAUUUAUAUCGUAGCAUAAUUAAUUCGCUUCAAUAUUAAUUAAUAAUUAUGAUGUGCAAUAUUUUAAUGUUUUAGCAUGUAAGUUGAAUGUUGCGAACAUUUAAGAUUCUUUUCGUAGACCAAGAUGAACUACAAAUACUUUUUUCAGCUAUUUUAUGUUAUUGACAUUCCAAAUUGACUGAUAGCAGCAGCUUUUUUGGUAUUUUUAAUGAAUAUUAAGGCGCUCAUUGACCACAAGCACUCACGUGUAACGUUUAUUGGUCGCGUAGUGAGAGUUGAGCUGAAAACAUACUCAUAUAGAAGAACUACACUGAACUGUCCUUUAUUUGACACUGACAGGGGGGCCACCGUCAAUAGCGGAUCGCUGGUUCCGACUUUUGCCACGGUGGAGACCAUGUAGUUGAACAUGGCGCCCUUCUGUCAAUGUCGUCGGUGGGACAUUUCAGUGUAGUUCAUCUUUAAAAUGUAAUACUUGAAUACAGAACAACACAUUACACAUUCAAGUUCAAACAUCGAAAACACUAGCAACUUCGCUCCUGCUAAAUGCAUGUAAGCGAGACAGAAAGCACUUGUCAGUCAGACUACGCAAGAUGUCAGAUAAAAAUAUUUGUGUUGAUCGCCUUAUCUCUCGCUGCGCGAAAUAUAAGAGUGAAGACUAAAUUAAAAAAAAAAAUGGCGCCCAAAGAACUGAAUUGGCAACUUUAUUUUCUAUUUAAUUUCAGAGCAGUUAUUUUAAAACUUAUUUAUUGACAUAUUGCUCUCAUAAAUGUCAAGCCAUAUUGAUUCAUUGAGGCAUUAUUAUUUGCAUUUUUAUUUAAGUUAUUUUCUUCUUAUAUUCAGUCAUUUCUGCUCAAUAUUUUAACCAAAUAUACAUUUAUACAAGAUAUUAUUAUAAGUUUUUCAGCUAUUACACGUUAGAAUGUAAAUAUCCAUAUUAGUGUAAGGUUUAUUGUAUUGUAAGUGUAUGAAUGCCAUGUAUUCAAUUUAGUUUUAUUUUUAGUUUACAUCGACAUUAUUAUUUAGAAGACGUCAAAAUG